AUGCUCUACAAAGAUUACCGUCAAAAUAGCUGUUACAGAAUUAUGUUUGGAGUCUGUAUAGCGGAUAUUUUUCAAUUAUUAGCAAAUGGACUUUUUAUUUUGCUUGGACUCCUUAAUUUUGAUUUUUCUGAAGAGUUUGAAAAGGUUGGAAUUUUGGAUCAUGUUUCAACUUUUUUGAAACAUGGUUCAGAUUUUUUGAAGCAUUCUUUUGAGUCCUUGAAACAUGCUUCUGAUUUACUGAAGCAUGCUUCAGCGUGUUUCAGGGUUUCUCAAAUGUGCUUCAGCAUUUUUGAAACAUGCUUUAGGUUAUCUGAAGCAUGCUUCAGCAUUUUUGAAACAUGCUUUAGGUUAUCUGAAGCAUGCUUCAGCAUUUUUGAAACAUGCUUUAGGUUAUCUGAAGCAUGCUUCAGCAUUUUUGAAACAUGCUUUAGGUUAUCUGAAGCAUGCUUCAGCAUUUUUGAAACAUGCUUCAGAUAA